AUGCACUUUUCGCUAUCCGUCGCAGCUGUUCGUCAUCACAUCCACCCCCCUUUCCUACCUUCCCUCCCUCCCGCUCAUCCUUCACACACUACCCAACCACAGCAAACCCCUCGGAAAGGGUGCUUUGAGGUGCGACUGGCUGACGGUUCAUCCACGUUCAUCUCCCUGCUGUCCAUGCCGCGUCCGUUUGGGAAACUGAAAGCGUUGGACAUCGAUGCUGAAGCAGAGAAAAUAGUGAAACAACUCCAAGAGGCUGUGAAAGAGGCCAGCGACCCUGAUGCAAAGGACGAGCAGGAAAAAGAGUAA